UCUCCAACAACCAAAUCCAACUCUCACCAAAAAAAAAAAUCCAACUCUUCUUCUUCCAGUAAUCUUGAUCCUCACUCCAAAACCAAGAUGUGGAACCGGAAAGGUGACGUGGAAUCCGGAUCAGCGCCGCUGUACCCCAUGAUGCUCGAGAGCCCCGAGCUCCGGUGGUCCUUUAUCCGCAAAAUCUACUCCAUCAUCGCCGUCCAGUUGCUAGCCACCAUCGCCGUCGCCGCCGUCGUCGUCUCCUACCAUCCCAUCGCCAACUUCUUCGUCAGCACCGGCGCCGGCCUCGCUCUCUACAUCGUCCUCAUCAUCACUCCCUUCAUCGUGCUGUGUCCGCUGUACUAUUACUACCAGAGGCAUCCUGUCAAUUUCAUCUUGCUUGGGAUUUUCACCAUCUCUCUUGCCUUCGUCGUCGGAUUGACUUGCGCUUUUACUAGCGGGAAGGUGAUUUUGGAGUCUGCUAUACUGACCGCUGUGGUUGUAAUUGCUCUCACCCUGUACACUUUUUGGGCUGCAAGGAGAGGCCAGGAUUUCAACUUUCUUGGUCCGUUCCUGUCCGGAGCAUUGCUCGUUCUCAUUGUGUUUGGUCUGAUUCAGAUUUUCUUCCCUCUGGGUAAGCUCUCUGUGAUGAUAUACGGGUGCUUGGCAUCAAUCAUCUUUUGUGGAUACAUUGUGUAUGACACGGACAAUCUCAUCAAGCGCUACUCUUAUGACGAGUACAUUUGGGCUGCGGUUGCGUUGUAUUUGGACAUCAUCAACCUGUUCCUUGCUUUGCUCACUAUUUUUAGAGGUGCUGACAGUUGAGAAGAUGGAUCUCUGCAUAUUCUGUGUGUAACUUGUUUGUCCUGGUUACGGUGUAGGAGUAAUUGUGAAUGUCAUAAGGAACUGAAACUCUUCUCAUCACACAUCAAUGCAUAGUUGAUUACUUGAUUUCACGGAUGAUCAUUGGUUUUUGCUGGUAUAUAAUGUAGCUCAUUGAAUCAUUACUGUUCAUUCUGUUCUAGAAUUGGAAGUUAAAUCCCUUGCCUCGUAGGAAUGUCUGUGUGACGGCCAAGCAAAAAGUGAUGAGUGACUACAUUUCAUCUAGUUUGCUCUCCAAAUUUUAUGUUCCCCUGUUCGUAAAGGAGCAAGUCCAGUUCAUAUUAGGAUUUGGUUUUCCAUAUGUUGGCAGACAGAGGUUUCCAUUUUGUGUCUUUGCCCUCUUAUUUAAAGCCUGCUCUUUCUUCUUAUCACACACACAGUUCCAAUACUCGUGCACAAACCCACUCGUCUAAUUCUAGUUCCCUUUCUUCCCCAAUCGUCUAGUUCUAGUUUCCUUUCUUUGGCUUGGUGAUGAUGAAUAAUGUUAACGACUUGGCCGUCAUGAGCAUGGUCUUUGGGGCUCAGCUGCUCGGCACCGCCGUCUUUCUGGUUAGCACAGAUAGCGGGAGAGGGGACUUGAAGUUGAUGUUCCCAACAGUUGGAGUCUUUUUUAUCACCAUAUACACAAUCUGGGCAAUGACGAGAGGUCUCGGUUUCAACCACUAUGGUUUCAACCACAAGGCACGCACCCUUGUGGUGCUAGGAAUGUAAAUAUUAUAUUAAUAAUAUUAGUUUCCUAAUAAGUUACUAUGUAUCAUGUA